AUGUCCAGCAGAACUACCACUAUCUCACUUUCUGAACCAAGAUUCCAUUUCACCGUCAAAGGGUACGAUCCUGACGCAAACGACACAGUCACCUCCCUGGUGGACAAUAACAGAUCGGAAGAAGCUACUGCCACUAGCGAUGGACACCCCAAUCCAGAAGCGCGUCAAGGCGAUGAACCAUGCGAUGUUCCAGUGAUGUUACUGUACUCUUACAAGCACGUACAUCCAUAUUUGGAGGAGGUCACUGAACUCUCUACUUCCACGCAUGGUGUAUAUAGUUAUUGGCCUGGACACACCAGAGUGGGUUUCAGACCGAUUUAUAAUCCAGGUCUUACCGAAAAGUCUAGACCUGGACCAUGGUACAAAGCCGCCGAGGAAUUCACACAGAAACUUAUAGACGAAUUAGCAAGUGGGGAGUCUAUACCCAGUCCACCACCUCAGGGAAUCAAGGCUAAUCCUGGUGAUCCUAUUCCCGAAAUACUUGAAAGCGUCAAUCAGGCUGAUAUCUCCUCGAUGAACCAAGCGGUCAGAACAUGGUUUCUUAAUAAAAGGUCAAAAGCAGGUUUAGAUGACAUGUUGACAUAUAAGAUCGUAGAUAAACUGGAAGAUUACGAAAAACCAGAGCCAUCAAUGACAAUCGAAAGAUUUCGGCCAAAGAAUACAAAGAAUUUCAAGCGAUAUUGCAGACGGUUCGAGGGAUAUACCCUGGGUGAUUUUGAGGAUCCAAUCGAGUCUGAUUUUCGCAGCGAGAAUUGGCGAUGGCCAGUCGUCAAGCCAGCCUCAUCCCAUGACCAAUACCAGUUGGCAUUGAAGAGGGACAUUGAUGGUAUUUUUGCAAAGAUGCAGAAAACAAUGAUAAGCCUUAUCACGGGCACAAGUCAGGAUUCAGAUUCCUCAUCCGUGUACAGUAGUGGCUCUUGA